AUGAUGCUCCACUUUUCCCUUCUCCCGACCAUCCUCUCCGCCCUCGCCCUCGUGUCGCAGCGGGCUGCGGCUGCACCCUCCCCCAUCGGUGCCUUUGCACCAGUUGGCAACGAUACCCGCCCCGUCAUCCGUGCCAAUGAAGCUGGUGUGCUUCAAGAUUCCCUCCUCGACGAACGCGGACAGCUCCUCGAGAACCCUCGCAUCGUCCUCCAAGAACGUCAGAACCCAGGCUUCGCCUAUGGAAGCCAAAAGGUGCGCGGUGUCAACAUCGGCGGCUGGCUCGUCGCCGAGCCGUGGAUCACGCCCAGUCUCUUCGACAACACCGGCGACUCUCGCGUGAUUGACGAGUGGACGUUUGGCCAGUACGCAAGCAACGCCUACGGCCGUCUCUCGCGCCAUUGGUCCACCUUCUACACCGAGGCCGACUUUGCUGCCAUCGCCGGUGCCGGCCUCAAUCACGUUCGCAUCCCCAUCGGCUACUGGGCCUUUGACACCUCGGCCGGCGAGCCCUACGUGCGCUCCAACCAGGCCGACUAUCUCGAACGCGCCGUCCAGUGGUCGCGCAAGUACGGCCUCAAGAACGGCUUUGACAACUCGGGACGCAAGGGCGCCGUUCAGUGGCCCAACUCGCAGAGCAACGCCGACCGCGCCAUCAAAGUCAUCUCGACCAUCGCUGCGCGCUUUGCAAAGUACGACGGCACGGUCACCUCGAUCGAGCUGCUCAACGAGCCCGCCGGCUUCGUCGGCGGCAACAUCCUGGACUUCACAAAGAACUACUACAAUUCCGGCUACUAUGCCGCGCGGGCCAAGUUUGGCAACGCUGCCAUCAUGAUCCACGACGCCUUCAUGGGUCUUGACUACUGGAGGGGGGUGGCGCAGCCUCCGCAGUACCAGCAGGUGCUGCUCGAUACGCACAUCUACUCGGUCUUUUCGCCCGACCAGGUGGCCAUGUCCGAGGAUGCACGCCUCAACAACUAUUGCGGCCAAGCCAACGGCCUCGCCUCGUCCAACGGCAACCUCUGGACCAUUGUGGGCGAAUGGACCGCCGCCCCCACCGACUGUGCCAAGUACCUCAACGGUCGCGGCGUCGGCGCCCGCUACGACGGCAGCUUCGGCCAGGGCAGCUACUACGUCGGCAGCUGCGCCGACAAGACCGGCGACGGCUCCAACUUUUCCGCUGCCUACAAGGCCUCGCUGCAACGUCUGUUCGAGACACAGAUCUCCGUGUACGAGCGCGCCUCGGGCUGGGUAUUUUGGACCUGGAAGACCGAAAGCGCCGCAGAUUGGGACUACCAGCGCGGCCUCAAGGGCGGCUGGAUCACGUACAACCUCAACUCCAGACCCAACGCCCGCUGCUAA